AACCCAUAAACGGAACGGAGAAUACAGAAAGUAACAGCGUAAAAACAAGCCAGUCUUCACAAGCCAAAGGAGAAGCCUUUCAAUUUCUUCCUUCCUUGUUUUAGACCGAAAAUUCGUCAUUAUCUUCUUCCUCCUCUUUUCGUUCCUAAUUAACAAAUUCAAAUUCCUCUUUCUCUUCUUGUAUAUUUAUUUUACCUCAUUCUCAUUUUAUCCAUAACCAUUAAAAAAAGAAUCUUUUUUGUUUUUCCUUAACUUCGCUCUCUAAUUUUCAAGAAUCAGAGCAAAGCAGAAACCCAUUUGGGAUAAGCAUAAGCUACAUUUCUCACCAUCUUUCUUGGAAUUCUCAUCUGGGUUUCGCUGGUUUAUAGACAUAAGCCUAAAAGAAGACAUCUUUUUGGGAAUUAGCUAUGGGAGAUUUAGACAACUCAGCAACAGUUGAAAUAACAGGGAAGAUAAUGGUGGUAGCUAUAAUAAUUCUAUUUAUCGUGGUGGUUUUUGUUCUCUUUCUUCAUUUAUAUGCAAAAUGGUUUUGGUGGCGCAUUGAACAGCCUACAGGUCAAACACCCUCUCGCCGGAACCGCCGUCGUUUCGUUUUUAAUCCUGGUCAAGACCCAGUGCGGAGAGGACUAGAACUUUCCGUCCUCAAAUCCCUACCAAUUGUAAUUUUUCAGUCCAAAGACUUCAAAGAUGGGUUAGAAUGUGCAGUUUGCUUAUCCGAGGUUGCAGAAGGAGAAAAAACAAGGUUGCUGCCUAAAUGCAACCAUGGUUUCCAUGUUGAUUGUAUUGACAUGUGGUUUCAGUCUCACUCCACUUGCCCUCUUUGCAGAAACUCAGUAGUACCAGUAGCAGAAUGCUCUGUUUCCAAUGAUAAUGAUUUGGAAGAGAAUAUUCUGUCUCCAGAGGAAAUUUUGGCUUCUGGGUAUUCUACAGAAUCUCCAAAUUUCCCAACAAAUGUGUUGUUUUGGGGGGACCAGACUCAGGUAAGCACCGGUGGCGGCGUUGGCAGUGGUGGCGUACUGGAAGAAGGAAAUUCUAUAAGAACACCUUCUUCUUCCACCUCUUCUUCUUCUCGUAAUAGGCAAGAUGAGAUGUUGGUUAUUGAUAUACCUAUGCAGGUAAAUGAAGACUUUGCCGAGGAAGAAUCAAAUAAGUCUCCAGUGCCUACACAAAGGUUAAGGUCAUUGAAAAGGCUUUUAAGCAGGGAAAAAAAAGUGGCUCUUAGCAGUUCGAGUUCUUCUGUUGAUAUCUAAGUCUAACCAAUGAAGAGAAGCUAUCUCAUAUAUGUAUAGGUUUUGGGAGAAUUGGCUAUGGAAUGGAUGACCGAAGAUAUUGCAUUAUCUCGUCAGCGUUUGCUUGCCUUGGUUGGAUUUUAAUGAAAUGAUCUCUUAAGAAUUGGUGUUCCUUUUUGGAGGUAAAGAUAGCCUCUCUGCUUUGGUUGCUUCACUGUUUUGUCAUUCUUGAUAUUAAGAGAUGAUCAAGUCUGUUAUACGAGAUGUUCUGGGUUACUGUAUGAUCUUGGUGCAGAGUAUUAGGAAUUGAAAAUAUUGUGAUGAGAAAGUAGGAUAUUAGGCAAGCUUCUCUGUUAAAGAAGAUGGAGCAAUCCAACUUCUUCUACAGAAGAUGUAUUUCAGAAACAUUCAUGUUUCAAAUAUUGAUUCAUCUAGUGGAGAGCUUUUAAUUAUCUGCGUUA